UAUUCGUGAUAAGAGAAUAAUAAAACAAAUCUUUUUCCAAGUUUGUUCCUAUCGCACCUUCAGUUCCUAUUCGCUCCUUUUGACGGUACAGUAGAAAACAUGUCAGAAAAAGAGACUAAAAAAAAAGUUAUAUCCCAAAAGGAUUAUCUAAAAAGAUAUCUUUCGGGCGGAAAGAAGAAAAAAGAUAAGACUAAAAUUCAAAAAAGAGUACAAAUUAUUGAUGACAAUAUUGAUUGUGUUGAAAAUGAAAAUGAAAAUGACAUUGGAUUCGAUCCAGUUGAUGAAUUUGCCCCUCAAAUAGUGGGUGUUAUUGAUGAGAGACCCAAAGAUAUUAAAACAUUGGACAUGUACAAAAAUAAAAAUCGGUGGAAACGAGUAGGUGGCGAUAGUGACAUUGAAGAAGAUUCUGCGAAAAUUGACGUUGAUCAAGUCAACAAUUAUGUGCGACAAAUUAAUAAAUCCACGUUAAAUGAUCUAAUAAAAGAGAAAAACGAAGAGUCAAUAGAAAAUGGUAUCCCUAUUAGACGUGACCGAAAAACUGGUAAAAAACGAGAUCUCAAAAGAGAAAGAGAAGAAGAAAAACAAAAAGAAGAAAUAUUAAAAGAGCAUAAAGCAAAAUAUGCUAUAUGGGGAAAAGGUGUAAAACAAGUAAAGGAUGCUCAGGAACAACACCAGUCUGAUUUACAUGAAAUGCAAAAACCAUUAGCAAGAUACGCAGAUGAUCAAGACCUGGAGAAUUUGUUGAAGUCUAAAAUCAGAGACGGGGAUCCAAUGCUCGAAUAUAUAACAAAAAAUAAAGGAUCAGGUGAAGAUUCUCCUGAUGGUGUGAGACAUGAAAAAAGAGAGUUUCGAGGGUUUUGUCCGCCAAAUAGGUUUGGCAUACGUCCAGGAAUUGCUUGGGAUGGUGUUGAUAGAUCAAAUGGUUAUGAACAGAAAUGGCUAUUACAACUAAAUUCUCAGAAAGCUGUGGAAGAUGAAGCAUACAAAUGGAGCUGUUCUGAUAUGUGAAUAAACAUAUAUCAAUGUUUCAAGUUGAAAUUAUGUUUAUAAAUUAUGUUGUAAAAACAUGUAAACAUGUAUUCAGACAAAAGUCUCAAUUUCUUAAAUUUAAAAUAAUUGCAAAAUGUCUAUAAAACAAUCAAUUGUGACAUUUUGUAUCAAAAUAAAAGUGGCCGCUAUAGCCAAAUACUUUGAAAA